AUGACACUUAAAAAUGACGAGUUGCAAGUACACAAUAAAAGGUUACGUUUUAAGAACGUAACCAAUAUACAACAUUGCUCCGGUGAUAUCCCUGAUAGAAGUGGAAAGGGGCCAAAAAUCAAAGAUGGUGAUAAAAGCGCUUCUCUUGUUACAUUCUUGCACGUUGAACUUACUCGCGGCUAUUUACUUGAACACGAUGAAGAAAGGUUUUCGGCGCGAAGAGAAAAAGUUUAUUCUUUCAUCAAAAUCCCACAAGAACUGGAAAAAUUUAUGGCAUAUGGAUUUUUCCAAUGUGCAGAUUCCCUGUUAUUUGUUUAUACUUUUUUACCAUUAAGAUUUGUUAUGGCAUUCUGGUCAUUUUUCACCAGACUCUUUAGACAGUGCUUUGGGUUUAAUUCACAAAAAAAGCAGAGUAUAUUGAAGCCGGCUGAGACAUGUGAUGUACUUAAAGGUUCUAUAUUAUUAGUAUGUAGUAUAUUAAUGUGCUAUAUAGAUACAAACAUGAUGUAUCAUCUAGUGAAAAGUCAAAGUGUUAUGAAGCUGUAUAUAUUUUAUAAUAUGUUGGAAGUCGGAGACAGAUUGUUCUCUGCUUUUGGUCAAGACACAAUUGAUGCUCUCUUUUGGACAGCCACAGAACCACGGGACAGAAAAAGGGAACACCUCGGACUCAUUCCUCAUUUAAUAUUUGCUAUCAUAUAUGUCUUUCUUCACAGUUUAUUAGUACUGUUCCAAGCGACAACACUCAAUGUGGCUUUUAAUUCCAAUAACAAAAGUCUUCUUAUCAUUAUGAUGUCAAACAAUUUUGUGGAGUUAAAAGGCAGUGUAUUUAAGAAGUUUGACAAGAAUAAUCUCUUCCAAGUAUCAUGCAGUGAUGUGAGAGAGCGUCUUCAUUUGUCCGUGUUGCUUUUUAUAGUAGUCUUACAAACUAUGAAGGAGUAUAUGUGGAAAGAGGAGAGAUUCUGGAUAUUGGCACCCGAUUGUGUACUCGUUUUAACAUUUGAAGUUAUCAUUGACUGGGUUAAACAUGCUUUUAUAACCAGGUUUAAUGAAAUACCAUAUGGUGUGUACCGUGAGUACACGGUGAGUUUGGCGUAUGACGUUGCCCAAACUCGUCAGAAGUAUGCAUUCAGUGAUCAUUCAGAUCUUGUUGCAAGGCGUAUGGGUUUCAUACCACUACCACUUGGAGUUGUUAUAACGAGAGUUUUAGUACAUGCCGUUAAAAUUGAUGGCCUGGCAGCGAUACUUUUGAUAUUCAUAGCAUAUCUAUGUCUAAUAUCAAUAAGAAUUCUAAUAUCCAUUGUGAUACUCGGCAAGGCCUGUGAUCUGAUCACACAACAUCAGAAUGACAAGAGUGAUAGCCAUCACGCAACGCCUAAGAAAGAACAAAAAGAUUUUAAGGAUGCAUCACAUAAAACAGGUGAAUGUGACACAACUUCGGAAAAGAAGGCUAUGCAGUUGAAAAUUGUAGUGCCGGAAAAUGUUAUGAUCGAGCCACUUGUUGAUGCUUCGGUUGGAGCGGCGGCAAUAUUCUCAAACAGCGCUAUAGAUUUGAACGGAGUCUGUUAUCUUAAUGAUAAAAUGAAUGUCCAAGUCAAACAGGAACCUGAAGAUUUUAUUGAACCGGAAUUGGACGUUAGCCGGAGUGCUCCGGAUAUAAAAGCAGCUGCUGCUGCUAUAGAAGAGUCAGUCGAGAGGCCGCAGUCGCCGGACGCGGACGGCCUCAAGCGACGCGCUGAGUCCGAACCGAACCUAGCAAAAAACGACGAACAGGAGAACACCAUGUAA